GAAAAGAAAAACAGAAAAGGUGAAAGAAGGUUACGAGUUUUGAGAGUUAGGUUAUGGAGGACGACGAGAGGCGAGAAGCAGCAAUCGCAUCACUUCCAUGUCUUAACACUAAAUCCAAACCAUCAUCUGCUGCUUCCCAAGCUCGCCUUUCCAAAUUUCAGGAACUGCACAAGAGGCGCUUACAGAUCAAAGAAAAAACUAAAAUAAAAAAGAAAUCAAAAGGUAGGUCAUAUGGGCCAGGCAAAUUAGAAGAGAAGGAUAACGAAGCCGAACCGUACAAAACAACCAAAGAUAACAGCAGUUCAAUCUCAUUAGACAACCAUCAGGAAAAUGUCCCAGCACAAAUGGCUUCAAAGAAGCCACAGAAGCUGCAUUGGGGGCUUGACACAAAGGAAAGAUGGGAAAGGAAAUCCAACAUGUAGAUGGCACUGUCUGGAGUACAACAUUUAUGGCGUGAUCAACCGAGAUGGCUCCAAGUUCUCGAUCGGGCAAAGUUGGUCCCAAAAAUGUUGAAGAUCAUCCAAGGUUCCUGGUGAAUUGAUGUCGUUAGAAUAUCUGGCUCUAAACUCGACUCCAGGAUCCUUGCAAGUGGUAGUGCAGCUCGAUGAACUGUUGUCAUGUUCAAAGCUAAUCAAGUGGGAUUUGAAAACAUCAUUCGUAUGAUUAGCUGCAGGCUCUUGUAGUUUGUCAAAUGUUGUUGGCGAACUGUCGUCGUUUUGCUUUGUUUUUUGGCUGACCAGUUUUUGUUCCCUCACACGUUUCUUCAAAUGAGAGUGCCAAUAAUUUUUUAUAUCGUUA